AUGGAUGAAGAUGGAUCAAGGGGAAAGGACGCUGGAGAUGUCCGGUACCGAGGCGUACGCCGGCGUCCGUGGGGCAAGUUCGCGGCGGAGAUUCGAGACUCCACGAGGCAGGGGCAGAGGGUGUGGCUUGGAACUUUCAACACGGCGGAGGAAGCAGCCAGAGCCUAUGACAGAGCUGCUUACGCCAUGAGAGGUCCAUUUGCAAUCCUUAACUUUCCUAAUGAGUACCCUAUGACUGCUGGUGGUGCCAGUGCUGCCACUCAUUCCUCUGCUUCUUCUUCUUCCUCUGCCUCUACUUCAAGGCAAACCAAUGUAGAAGGCAGAGGAAGGAAUGAGCAAGGAAGACAAGUGUUUGAGUUUGAGUAUUUGGAUGACAAGUUGUUGGAGGAGCUUCUUGAUUGUGAGGACAAAAACAAAAGGGGUCCCUGA